AUGAAUACAUGGCUUGAGAGAACUGAUCAUCUUGCCGAUCACUUCAAGUCUGGUGUUACGAUGGCGAGUUGGCAAGGUGAUUGGGGGUUUGAUGCGUCCGUUAUACCGCUGGUCGAGACGGCUAUUCCUCCAGAUCUCAUCGACUGGGAACGAGGCACUCUCAUCCCCAUGAAAGGUAGCGACCCAUCUUGGGGUACUCCACCAAACGCAUAUGAACUGCUCAAAGUCGAAAUUGAGUUCUUCAUCCAGCGGUAUUUUGACAAGCACGGGUACUUACCGGACAAUGACGCGAUGCAGCUAGAAGCAUGUCGCAUUAUCUUCGCAGCCGAAACUACUUCGGUCAUGCACGGACCAGACACCAACCAUCUUCACGAAGUCUCAUGGCUACGAGACUUGAUGAUGUCAUCACAUGAGCUGACUGAACACGCGAGAUUCCAGCCCGUUCGAUCUUCUCGCGAGAGCAGACAUUUCCCGCUACGGAUCAAUGCCAAGGAUCAUCUCUUCGAACAGUGCCCACUAGAGGCGCAGCUUCGUGGCUUCGUCACUCAGCGCAUAGCGACCGGCGAGGCACUUGACGAUGCACAACUGCAUCACGAAGCAUGUCAGAUUGUCCGGCGUAUGGAGCAAGAGUCUAGUACUCCAUCCGAUGUUUUCGCAAAUUGGAUCGUCAAAGGGAUCUACUCGGGCACAAAUUGGAUCUCGCUCUUCAAGCAACGCGGUGGCAUCUCCGAUGUUGUAGCCACCGACAUCCCGGCAGAUCAUGGCUUAGGCGAAUUACUAGACCUAUCAUGGCCAGCCUCGCCGCUCAAAGAAGCAUCCACUUCCGCUCUCGGGACCGCAAGUCCAUCUAAGCAAACCCACGACUACUUCACUACGCUUCCCACUUUCUCGGAAGAACCCAUAGUCUCACCCGAAUCUACAGCGCAAACGGACAUGUACGGUCGGUUGCGAUCGCUGCUACCCGACGACACCAACUUCUACCGGAUCUUUGACAGCGACAUGCGGAGAUGGGCGGCAUCGACGCUUUCACCAAAGAAUCCAAAUUGCCAUAUUCCUUCCGAUGAGGAGAUCCAGCAUCAGGCGCGAUGGAUUAUGUAUGAUGGCGACGACCCGUGGAACCAGACUCCUGCAGAUUUCCCGAACUGGUUGUCACGGUUCAAGAGGGAGGUUGGGAUUGUGGCGAAUGAGGAGGGAGUGAAUCCUGGUGAUUUGGUGAUGUGA